AUGCAAUUCUCAAAACCCCAGUUGGCGGAGUCCAGGGUCUCCCUCAUUCUCGCCGACCAAGAUUUCUGCGCUCUAGAACGUAUCCAGCGAAACUACAAUCCUGCCAGAGACCGCCUGGCGUAUGUGAUCGAGGCUGGAACAGCCUUCGUGGGAUCUGGAAUCACCUCGUGCCCCUCUGCUUCCCUCCUCUCACCUCGUAUGACCGAAUACGACACAUCGCCUGAGGCCUACCGCGCGUAUGAGCGCACGAUGCAGCGUGUAUCGGACUGGGCCACGGACUCAUCCGGAUGUGCGAAGGAGUAUAAGAAUCCUUAUCUGGUGCGAUCGGAUGCAGGGGACAUUAUGUUCGAGUCGGAGCAACAGGCAGGCGAGCCCGGUACUCUCGCCACGCCAAUAGCGGCAGCUCCAUCACAACAUGCUUCUGCUCUUUCGCAUCACUCUCGCAGGACGACUGCUCCGGUCGCCCUUUCUUCGCAUACGACCGCCAAUGUGGGAGCUACUGCGGGUCCACCUUCUGCGCAUUCCCACCACCCAAGUGCCGUUGCCACUCACUCCCUCGCACCUGGGAGUGUCUACGCUCCUCCCGUCCCCAACUCGGUGCACUCAGCACACGCCUCGGUUCCCACAAGCCGCCACGUGUCUUCUGCAGUCGGGGUGACCGUCAUCCCCCCAUCGUCGCCCACAUACCACACUUCUUCCGCCGUCACUCCUGCGUAUCCCCAAUUGCCCUUGGUUCCCGCGCCGAGCCACCCUUCGCGUCAUUCUGAUCGGCUGACCCAUGCGGGAGCGUACCACAGCGUGCCGCACUCGCAUUCUGGCUCCGCGACCCUGCUUCCAACGCAUCAUCAGGGCACGGAUCUAGCUCGCUCGCUGCAGAUCCUACCGACACCUGCGCCUGGUCGUCCGGUAGCGCACUAUGCGAGCGCCGGUGCAGCACCAACGGCGUCUAACGCUCAGCAGCCCUGCGUGUACAUCACAAUCAAUUAUCCGCAGCCCCCACCAUCUCAUACCCAGGUUCAGCAGGCCAAUCCUGACUUGCAUGGCGAGCAUCGGGGACUAUUCAAGAGGAUGUUCGGGGCUCGGAAGAGUCACAGCCUUGAGCGAUCGCAUCCUCUCUCGCCUUCAACCCGCGACCUCUUCGGUCUGAGGGAGGACUGGCGACUCGAUGUGUCCACGUACAUCAACUCGAAGAUGACAUCCGCCUCUCUGGUCGCUGCUGAGAUCCUUGAUGCCGCGGUUCUGAGUCUCAAGGGGAACAUCUUGCUCGCUGGCACAGAUAUCAAGAUAGAGACCGAGGCCGUGCUCAAGGCGCUUGCGAAUCCUCUCGUUCUUCCUGUCGCCCUUGAGCCACACGCUCUUCCUCCGCCGGAAAUCGCAAAUUUCAAUCUACGCCACUACGAAACACGUGAGGUAGGUCGCAUCCACUUCCCAUCUUAG